CUGCCACAAAAAUGUUGCUUAUACCUAGAGAACAUAGCUGCUUCAUUGCUUAAAAGAAACAUUGGAGCUAAAAACUUAUGGUUUGAUAAAGAGUGACUAAGGGUCACAAAAAAGAAAAAGUAGAUAGAUUAAAAUGCAUAACACUGACCAAGUGUCAUCUUAGUAGCAAAUAAUUUAUUACUGUAAUAGCAGGAGGUACAGAAGCUCUCUGCUCCUCUGUCCCUCCCCACUUCUUGAAUUUCUGAGUGUACGAAUUGCAGAUGUGAUGCUCUCGAUUGGGAUUUGUUCACACUGAGAGUGGCUCAUUGGCACGUACACCUCAAGCUGUCAGAUACUCAGGAAACUUGGACAGUGACUAUUUAAGAUUGCACAAUGGGUAUAUAAUGAAACCUGUGCACAAAAGAAAAGUUUCUGCUCAUUGCUGAUAAGAUCUUGCUGAUCUGUGUGUGCAUCACAAACGUGCCCCUUUGUUCUGGUUACCUGCCAGCACACCUGCCGAUCUCGGUUACCUGCAGUUUGCCUUCCAGUAACUGUUUUUUUUCUGUAUUCAGAAAUAAAUCAACACCUGUAGCUGCUUUUGUAGGAACUUGACUUCUAGAGCCAAUAGUUGGAGAUUAUUUGUAUUGAGGUUUCUGAUUGUUGGGUGGAGUUUUGUUUAUGCAUCGACAGUAGUUUUGUUUUUCCUCUUCAGUCGCUUGUGUGCAAAGAAGCGGUUGAGGACAGUCUGAGAGCUGGGAUGAGGGCGGCGGUUUGGCUGCAGUUUCUCGACUGCUUUCUUUGGAUAUUUGCUCAAAGAAGAAGCUGCUGGGGUUUUUCUAUUAAACGCUAAAUAUGCAGUUCCAGUAAUUUCCCUGCUGCACCGUACUAAGCCCUGAGAAUAGGUUUGUAGUUAUCAAUAUUAACAUGCGUGUGUGUGUGCAUAGAUGCAUAUAAAUCAAUUGCUUUUCAUUUUGAUAUUAAAGCCAUGCACUUCUUCAACUGGUUUUCUUUUCAGAUGUUUUGAAUUUUGGUGAGGUAAAGAUAAAUCCUUUUCCGUUUUCGUUGAGCAGACGUCCGCAUUAGUAGCAAGGUCCCUGGGGAGGUGCGGGCGCUGCGUGCGGUGCGCGCCCGCGCGGGCGCUGCGGCUGUGUGCAGGCCUGCCUGGCAGCGGCUCCGGAGCACGCCGCCGCUGUCCGCUUCUCUGAGCCUUGCCUCGUCUGCGCAGCAAUAGCGACCCUGCCUUUCCCCGUGGUGUUCUGAUGUUCACUGGUGAAAGUGCCCAAGAACUCCGUUUUCUAGAGACUUCAUUUCAGCCUGUACUAACUGGCUUCAGUUUCUGAGGAAACUGGGGGUUCCUGCAUUUUUUGAGGUAAAGUAAUGAAGUUUUAAAUUGUUCUGUAGUCUCCACUGCUGUAACAGGUUCUGCAUUUUAGUGUAAAACUGAAGCGGGGCAUGCUCAUUGUCAAAGCUGUUUUCUAGUUGAUAAGGCGUAUGUACCUUUUGCUGUGUGAUUUACUACAGAUGGCUCACUGUUUAAAGGUUUGGCCUGUCUACAUUUCCUCUGAUUCCAAUGGGCGCUUUUUCAAGCUUAACUCAAACUUCCGAAAACUUAGCGCCCCUCUGUAGAGUGAUUUGUGGAUGGUUACCAUUUAGAGAAAUGAAGAUUUGAAAUCCUGCUUUGUUAAGAAAGGAGCUAAUUGCUUCCAUAUCCAUUGAUUUUUGAGAUUUUGUUUGAGAUUUUUUGUUUGAGAUUUUUUGUUGAUUUUCCAUAACUUUUGCGUUAGUGUUAUUAGGCUACUGGAAGGGUAGUUAGUUCUCAUUUAGGGGGUUUUUGGAUGGCUUUUGAAUGAGGAAUCAGCUGUACUGUAGACUGUUCAAAACAGUACUGAGCUUUACAAACGUAUGGGCAGGUAUUUACGUGCGCACACGGGCUCGUGCUGGCUGUUUCAUUUAACCGGCGUCGAACAGAAUGAUGUGUUGAACUGAGCUGGAAAGGGUUUUGAGAUCACUGCAGAUGCAAAAGAUGCCAUAAAUAAAGAGCAUUUUAUCCUGUUGGAGAAGCUGCAACCAAAAUGAACCUUCAUGCUGCAAAAUGGCAAGGGAGCAUUUCUCACACCUUUGUGUGAGUUGAAACGGGCAUAAUGUGUAUCACUCACCGGUUUAUGAGAACGGCGAAUCACGCAUCAGUGAGUGCAUGAAAUUAAACAGGUGCAGACUUAGCAGCAGAAACUAAUACGACGCUGGCAGGCACACGGUGUCGUGUCGUGGUUAUACGAUGCUUCCCUGCAGCUACUGUAUGACGUCAGUAAAAUUGAAUACCAAAUAUGUUUUGUCACUGUCUAUUCUUGGGGUUUUUGAAGUGAAAUAAGAACCUUCAUGGAACAUAAUUUUUAAAGCAAGUUUGUUUUGAAAUCUAAGGAGAAAUGUUGAACGUGUAUCACAGUCAUGUUCACAGGUUACUUCAAUGAACACUUUUGUCUGAAGACAUGGGGCAGCAAUCCGCUCCUAGUAAAUCUGUACCAUGGUCUGCGUCUGCUGUAGGAGGCCCUGACACACAAAUGUAAUGCAGACACAAAGAGAAUUUCUGUGAUUCUGUUGAGUGUGGGUCACCUCCUACAGAAAGGGACAGGAGGCUCAGCACAGAGCGCUGGCUGCUAAGACUUACUGAGCUUAGUCUCCAGGUCUGGCCUCUGCUUUAAAACUAGAAAGCUUGCAGCCAAGUUCUUGCAAACACAAGGUCUAUGAAAACCUUAAACACUUUGACCUACCUGGGCAGGAAGGUCAAGAGAUGACCUGUUCAUAGCCACUUGCCCAGCGGUGGGCUUAAAAUGUACAGGACCUUAACCUACCGUUGCACUGGCCCACGGUCGGGUGGAGGCUGGAGCAAGACAGAACGCGUUACUUCCCACCAGUGAGAGCAGCUGACAUCGCGGUUUGACUUUCUGCAGUUGUCAUGGAAAACCAGGGGAAAAGAUGUUCCGUAUGCUCUUAUAUCGGAUGAGGGAAAUAAGGUGAUUAACAGGAGUGAGACGAUCACGGCCAUCUGUAAAGACAGCUGUGGCAAGACAGUUCUGUUCAGUGAAUAAAGCCACAAAAUCAUUUGGAGCUUGUGAGCUGGUGCAAGUCAGACAUAGGUCAGAAAUCAAACGUUGCGUCAAACAAAUUAUCAGACAUAAUGUUGGUCAAGUCAGGACGCUGAUUGUCUUGUUUCUCUGCUAGAAAGAAGUCCCGUUUGUGAAGAUUAUGAGUGUUAGUUUUAAGUGACAGCCAGCUGAUACAGUUUCAGUUCUUCCUCACAGGCUUUUUAUCAUAUUCCUACCUAUUGAUUUUUGUUUUUAGACUGCCUGAAUUUUCAUAAUUUGAUUUAAAUUGUUCAUGUGUCCCAUUACAGCAUGUAACAUAAGACAUAAAUAGAAAAAAACCCCACUAGUAUGUUGUGAUACAUUGGACAUGCUUUCUGCAUCAGAAGUCAAUGGAUGAUGUUGGGAUCUGUUUGUUCAAUUGGAAGAGCAGGUAUGGUGGCGUUAUUAUGUGCUUGGACUUCUGCAUUUAUUAGAACAAGAAUAGCAACAAAAGUCUGAAGGUUCUUGGGCGCUUGAUUAGGGGCCUGGUCCUGGAAAUGUGAGGUGGUGUCUGGUGCAGAUAGACACUCUCGAGGGCACAAGAAUCCCUGUGCUUUUGGUGAUAAUACUCUAUGAAAAACUGGUCAAGUGCUUUUCUUUAGAUCUCGUUUUGAAAUGUACACUUUUCUCCAAAGUGCCUUGGAACAUCCUUUCCCGGUGGUUCAGGCAAGUGUGAGAAUCCACGGCUUGUGAGUUAGGUCAGAAUGUGAAUGUCAAAUCCUUCUAGCCAGGAAGUCGCUGCCGUGUCAGAUGGGCGUCAAAGUUCACAUCGUGCUUUAUUAAGAAAAAGAAUAACUAAGAUCGCAAAAGGAGAGUGAAAAGAAUUGGAAGUCCAUGGGUGGCUGAAGCGGCUUCCUUCGUGCUGCCCCGCGCGCUGACACCGAUCCGGUACCGUCUGCGGACCCCUGGCACGCUGGCUGGACAGGCUGGAGAUGAGGCCGCACUUCAGUGUUUCCUUUCGCUAGGAUUUCCUUGAAAUGGGCAGAUUAAGACUCUACUUCUGAUUACUCUUUACAUCAGUAGAAAUGGACAGCAGCAGUUUCAUCCAGUUUGAUGUGCCCGAGUACAGCAACACUGUUCUGAGCCAGUUAAAUGAACUCCGUUUGCAAGGAAAGCUGUGUGACAUAAUUGUGCACAUUCAGGGUCAGCCAUUUCGAGCCCAUAAAGCUGUCUUAGCUGCCAGUUCUCCAUAUUUCCGUGACCAUUCAGCAUUAAGCACCAUGAGUGGCUUAUCAAUAUCAGUUAUUAAAAAUCCCAAUGUUUUUGAACAGUUGCUUUCUUUUUGUUACACUGGAAGGAUGUCCUUACAGCUGAAGGACGUUGUUAGUUUUCUAACUGCAGCGAGCUUCCUACAGAUGCAGUGCGUCAUUGAUAAAUGCACUCAGAUACUGGAGAGUAUUCAUUCAAAGAUCAGUGUUGGUGACGUUGACUCUGUCACUGUUGGUGCUGAAGAAAACUCAGAAAAUCGCAAUGGAGUUAAAGACAGCAGCUACUUUGCCAAUCCUAUUGAGAUAUCCCCCCCCUAUUGCUCUCAGGUGCGACAGUCAGCAGCAGGCAGCGAUCUUAGGAUGGAAACUACGCCAGGCAAAACUCUGCGUAGUCGGCUGCAAGAAGAAGGGCAUUCAGAUCGAGGAAGCAGCGGGAGUAUCUCUGAAUAUGAGAUUCAGAUUGAAGGUGAUCAUGAGCAAGGAGACCUGAUAGUAAGGGAAAGUCAGAUUGCAGAGGUGAAAGUUAAAAUGGAGAAGUGCGACAGGCCAAGCUGCUCUGACAGCUCUUCCCUUGGCGACGAUGGAUACCACACAGAAAUGGUGGAUGGAGAGCAGGUGGUGGCAGUAAAUGUCGGUUCCUAUGGGUCUGUCUUACAACAUGUUUAUUCGUUUACUCAUGCCUCAUCACAGGCUACAGGUGUGUCUGAAGCCUUCGGGAGCCUGAGCAACACGAGUCCUUCGAGGUCAAUGCUGAGCUGCUUCAGAGGGGGUCGCGCACGCCAAAAACGGGUAUCCACGGGUCACUUGCACUCUGAUGUUCAGGGCUUGGUGCAAGGGGCUGACAGUGAAUCCAUGGUGAGUAACCCGGGAUAUGAAAAUAGUCCACGAGAGAGAAAUACGAGAGGUCACUGGUAUCCGUACAAUGAGAGGCUGAUUUGUAUUUACUGUGGAAAGUCUUUCAACCAGAAAGGGAGCCUUGAUCGACACAUGCGAUUGCACAUGGGAAUAACUCCUUUCGUGUGCAAGUUUUGUGGGAAGAAGUACACCCGCAAGGACCAACUGGAGUAUCAUAUUCGGGGGCACACAGAUGACAAGCCCUUUCGCUGUGAGAUCUGUGGAAAAUGUUUUCCUUUCCAGGGUACACUAAACCAGCACUUGCGGAAGAAUCACCCUGGGGUAACAGAAGUAAGAAACAGGGUCGAGUCUCCAGACAGAACAGAAGCAUUUGUGGAACACAAGGUAGAUAAUGAUGCUUCGGCUUCUGAAGCUAUGGAUUCUAGUAUGGAAAUUCGUGCAAUGUCUAACACAUCUGAUUAAAAUAUUACAUUCUAAGUGCAACACAAAUAAGCACAUUACUAAUGUAUUUUUGAAUAUUUUAUUCUUUCAGUAAUCUUCAGUACAAGUAUAACAGCCUUUUAAUUUCCCUGACCUUCUGGAAAUCAGUUUGAAAUGGUUUCUGGAGAAGGCCUCAUAAGUAUUCUUUGUUUUCGAAGGAGGCUGGGUUGGUGUUUUGUUCUGGUUUUUUACUUUACCUUUGAAGAUGCUCAGAAUACAAAAGACAGCGUACUGGGGAGAGGAUAGGAAGAGUCCGCUAGCGUGUUCUGCUGGUUGAUCUGGCAAGACACGGUUCCCGUGCAGGAGGAUGCUGGAGUGGCAGCUCUGCUGGUGCACCAGGAGCCUGUCAUCUCCCUCCUUUCGUGUCCCAGCUCCUGCUGGUGGUGGUGGCUCCACAGCACUGGGGAGACACCGUUCUGGCUUUGAUUCCUUCCGUGUGUCUCGAUGAAAUCAGUUGGCUUUUACUAACUGUUUUUGGUAGUUAGUCUGUUUAUAUAUAUAAACUUGCUUUAUAUAUAUAUAAAAUGCUUUCACUUUUCCUGUUCUGGUUGAGGUAAUGUAAAGGUAUGUCACCGUUUAUACUGAGUACCACUCUUUCAACUGCUAGGUGUCCUCUCUCCUUAGGAUUUAGGACUUCGGACUUUGGGAGGAUGGUUUUGGUUUUAAAAGAAUGUUUGGUUUUCAUUUUAUUAAACUAUUACUUUGUGUGCAAAAGUGAGCAAAGUGAAUUACCUUGUUUUAAUAGCUUUGCUUUAUAACAUAUGUAAACCAAAUGCCAUAAAUCUAUUAAAUUAUGGUUAAAUUGUUGAGGGGUUUUGUUAGUUGUCUAGAACGCAAGCUGGACAACCUGUGGUGCUGACCUUUUUAUAUAUAUAGAGAUAGAUAUAUCUAUAUAUAUUUAAAAAAAUACUAGCAAACUUAAAAGUAGCAUUGUGGUUUUAAAUGUGUUUUUACUGGCCUCCGAAUCUACCUUCAUUUCGUACUGUAGAACCAUACCAGGUAAUUAAAUUUAACUUCAGCACGCUUCGUGGUUGGUUAAAACCAGAGGGAGCUGGAGUUCCAAGUACAGUAUUUCCAGGCAGUGUUUGAUGGGUCUCUUCGCAGAGAGCCGUUUUCAGGUGCACAUUGACUUCCUGUAUAAAGCUCCAGGUGACACGUCAGCACUUGGAAUUUGUACUUCUUUUGUAUGAAAAAACCAAGUAAUCCAUGGGAAUUUCAAGCAAUAUGUCUGUUGUUUCACGUGUGAGUAUCACAGAGUUGCUGUGGCUUCCCGACUCUUUCAGUGGUCGUUUGCUGGAUAAAGGAACUGCCGACAACUUUAAGAAUACUCGAAAUCUUUUUGUUUCACCAAAUGUUUUUUUCACUACGGUGCUAAGUUCAUAGUUUAGGUCAGUAUAAUAUAUGAAAUGUGAAACCCGAUGGUAACAGAGAAGCAAAAGAAGAAAGAAAAAAGAAAAAAAGGAAAAAAAAAAGGAAAAAGGAAAAAAAGCCCAUCCCAACCAAAUGCAACAAAUCCCCCAAUCCCGGCAGCGUGAGAGCCCUCGAGGCCGAACGGGCACCCACUGCUGCGUGAAACUGCGCGGUCGGCAGAGCUCGUCACCUGCUCCGUUACAGUGCACGUUGCAGAUAAUCGGGCCUUACGUCUGUUUAGCAAAUACUGAGAACACGACUGUGAGCACGCUGUUUAACUCCUGGAAUUUAGACGAUAAACGGUCAUUCCUGGAUUACGGGGAAGCAAAAAGGUGGUUUUGCUAUCUUGUGAAGCUCUUUUUGGCUCCUACGAAGUUGGGGCGUAUUUGUGCAGUAGCUUUACUAAAUACACUAGUUCUUCACCUUGUGGCGGUCUGCAGUGAGAGUCAACUUCCCUACGCACAGACGGACAGGAGAACAGCCCCGCGCCGCCGGAGCAGCGUCAGGUCGGUGGCUGCAUCGCUCGCCUGUUUGUCCUCAGAUGGCCUAAGCAGACAGGCGGAGCGGGGGGCGCUGGUUUUCUCCUUGAAGCAACAGCAGAACUUCUCUUGGCAGGAAGGGAAGGUGUGUGUCCGUGUCCGGGGAAGGUGGUCUGUGUGUCUGCCCACGACAACACAUGGUGGUGUUUCUGAGACUGUUGGGUUUUUUUCCUAGAUGUUUGGUUUAAGUCAUUAAAUAGAAAAAAAAAAUGUGCUUUGAUGAAUUAAGUUUGAGACACGCAAAAUCCAGGAAAUGUACCAUUAUUUUUAACCCAUUACCUUGGGCCUGUGCUGUGGUGCCUUUGGUGUGACUUUUCCCAUGGAACUGUGAGUUGAGGAUAGUAGGAUAUGGGUUCUAAUUUUAUAUUUCUUGAAUUUGUCCGUGUCACAAUCUUAACAUUAUUUAAAUCUAGUUCUUUGUAUUUGUAAAUGUAUUUAAAUGGUUUGAGUUUACCAAAGAGUGACUUAUCCAAAAUUGUCUCUGACAAAAGCAAACAAAACCCCACAUCACUUUACUUGUGCAGGUUCAGGUUCAGACCGUUGUCGGGGGCAGUCGCGGGCAGCGCCCCCGUGCGCCGAGCUGGCCGCGCGGCCGCCCCUGCCCGCGGCGCGCUGCCCCAAGCCAUAGCGCGGGACCCGAGCGGCAGCGCGCCGGUGCGGGACUCUGGUGGGAAACGAACUUCACACCUGGUAACAGCAACUAAAUUGUGCCUUGUCACAUAACGGUUUGCCAGGAUUAGCAUCGUCACAAAACAUGAAGCAUUAUCUGACUGAAGUUCAUUUCGCAAGUCCACCACAACAGAGUAUGCCGGGUUCUUUUAAGCAAAUUAUGGAAGUACUGUACGGUGUCUUGUGUCUGUACGGUUUUAAGUUAGCACAGAGCUGUUACACAUUUCAUUCACGAUAAAUGCAGAAGUCGAUAAAUAUGUGAAGUAUUUGACAGCAAAAUAAAUCAUGAAAUUAUAUAGGCUGGUUCAUAAUUGAGUCUCUUCUUAAUCUACCUUUUUAAUUAUACACAAAUGUGAAAACAGUGACAGUGUCCUUGAUGUUUAACCUAUUAUGACAAACUGUGAAAGGAAAGGAUUUUAUGCCUUUGCUAAUGUUUGUGGUUUUGAAGAGUCCUUUUAGUUUUCUUGAUCAGUUAUCUUCCAUACGAUUUCUUUUAAACUUGUAAAUACAUUUAGAAAAUAGCUUUGUAAAUACGGUAUAUUAUAAGUUCACUUUGGUCAAGAUUGGCUCCGCUUCUGUGGUGCGAAACCUCUCCAUAGCAUAAAGGAUACUGUCGAGUCCCUGUGGGGCAGGACGUGCUGUGGGCCUGAGCCGCGAGCGCUGGCGCCGCCGUCCGAGCGCCCGCUCGUCCUCCCGCUGCCGCCUGCGCCGGCGGAGCGGAGCGGCGCGGCCCCUGGCGGGUUUGGGCUGAGUUACGGGAAGAACAGCAGGAAUAAAAUCAAGGGCUGGGAAAAAGAUUGAACGAGCUUUACCUUGAAAUAUAUAUAUAUCUAUAUAUAUAUAUCUUAUUUGAAUUUUUGUAUUAGUUUACUGUGAUUCUUUUAUUGUCAGUUUUCUAAACAGGUUUCACACGAAACCAUUGAAAGGGACUCAAAUAUGCAACACCUAAUCUAUUUUCCAAGGGAAUUUUACCCUUGAAUGGUGCUUUUUGACUGGUCAGGGUUAUUUAUUAAAUUUUAUAUUUGAAAGUAUUGGGGGAAUUAUGUAAAUUCUUUAUAUGAAUCUGUUUAUUUCAUGAAUUGUAAAUUUCAUAAUACUCAGUGACUGAAUUGGGGUUUUAGUAAAGUCAUUCAAAAUGUUCAACGUUUAUAAUCCGUGUGCAUUUUACAUGUAUUUUAACAAGUGCCAGAAUAAUUGUAUUUAAUAUUAUAGAUUUAAUACUACUUGCACAUCCCUGUGACAGCAUUAACGUAAGUUUCGCAAGUUUACAUUAAAAAAAAAGCUAAAAACACAAGUAAGCCUGGGACGCGCGUUCCCGUGUCCUGCAGGCGCGGGGCCGGAGCUGCAUUCCCGGGUCCUGCGGGUCCUGCGGGAUGUGGAGCCGUGUUCCCGCGUCCCGUUGGACGCGCGUUUCCAUGUCCUGCGGGACAUGGAGCCGUGUUCCCGUGCCCUGCGUGUCCUGCGGGACAUGGAGCCGCGUUCCCGUGCCCUGCGUGUCCUGCGGGACAUGGAGCCGCGUUCCCGUGCCCUGCGUGUCCUGCGGGACAUGGAGCCGUGUCUCCGUGUCUCCGUGACCGGGCGCGUUCGCCUCUGGCGGGCGGCAGGUGCAGCGAGUUCAGCGCCCGAGCUGCGGGCGUGCGGCUCUUGGGGCGCAGCUCUUGCACGGCUUGACAGUGUUGUUUCUGACUGAAAAAGUGUGUUUUUAAAUAUGUUUUAUUUGUAUGGUUGUUUUUCAUGAUAAAUAAUUGAACAGUUUGAAUGACUUGACUUUGUGUCAUUAUCUUGCAAUAUAAACCGGUAACCUCACAACUCCACACUUCAUCACCAUAUGAAGUAAAUGAAGCUAGCUAAGCUGAUGCUGUAACGAUUAAUAACUUGCCAUUAAGGAUUAUUUUAUAGCAUGAAUUUUAAAAUAUUUAUUCAAAUGAUAUUUUACUCUUGUAUUCACUUUGGUUUUAGAUUUGUGACAUGAAUAUUUCAGUGCUGCUUUAUUUUGUUCUGAUGAAUUUGUUUCUUGCCUGUAAAUUGCUUUUUUUAAGGUAUAAAGUCAAUGGGAAUUGCUGUUUGUAAAUUAAAAUGCUUCUAGAGCAAA